AUGGAUAUCAAAGUUGAGAUCAUCUCUAAAGAAAUAAUCAAACCGUCUUCUCCAAGUCCUAAGAGCCCUAUCAGCCACAAGCUCUCUCUUUUAGAUCAAAAGGCUCCAAAUUGUUACACUACUUUCGUUCUCUUCUACCACAAGAACUCAAGCAGUAAUUUGGAAAAUAUUUUCGAUUCUCUUAAAGUAUCCCUCACAAAAACCUUAAAUCACAUGAACCCACUUGCAGGAAGAGUAAAGGAUGGAUUUACAGUAGACUGCAACGGCCAAGGUAUUGAUUUUUUACGUGCCAAAGUUCAUGAAGACGUGUCAAAUGUGCUUAAGAACGUGAAAAUUCAAGUCCUGAGAAAAUUACUACCAAUGAAUCCAUUGACAAGAUCAGAUGACAAUGUCUUGUUGGCACUACAAAUAAACUGUUUUGUUUGUGGUGGAAUUGCAAUAGGUGUCUGUAUUAGUCACCUUAUAGCUGAUGGUUCUUCCAUUGCCACCUUCCUCAACACUUGGGCAAGCAUUUGUCGUGAGAAAAAUGACAGCAUUAAUAUUUCAGACAAUUUGUUCGUGGAUUGUACUUCCGUUUUUCCACCAAAAGAGGUCCACAAUUUUUCGGUGUUUCAGUUUGGGAAAAAAGAUCAAAUUCCACCAAAAAUGGCAGCAAGAAGAUUCGUGUUCGAUGAGUCCAAUAUUUUGGCUCUGAAAACAAAUGCAGAUUGUUCAACUUCUCGAGUAGAGGCUGUGUUAGCCUUUGUAUGGGAAGCAAUUAUUGCCGCUAUGCAGAAAAGGAACAAUAAUAAUGCUAUCAAAAAUUAUGUAAUUAGAAUUCCAAUAGACUUGAGGAGAAGAAUUCAACCUCCAUUACCUCAACAAAUCAUGGGAAAUAUCAUUCACAUGGCAGAGGCAAAUUGGGAAGUUUCUGAGGGAGCCUUGGAUUAUAAGUUAUUAGUGAAAAAAGUUAAAGCUUCAAUAAAGAAUGUUACUAAACAUGGUUUUGAUGCAAAGCAUAUGGAUGAUACAGUAAGUGCAAUAAAUAAAGAAGUGGGAAUACUAAGCUCCACUAGUUUGUGUAAUUUCCCUUUUCAUGACAUUGAUUUUGGAUGGGGUAAGCCAAAAUGGGCAUCUGUUGGAGCCAUAGCUCCAAAUUUGGUUGUUUUAAUGGACACUAGUGAUGGGAAGGGAAUAGAAAUAUGGCUUGGGUUGGUAGAGGAAGACAUGGCCAUAUUUGAGAAAAAUAAAGAAUUCUUCAAAUAUGUUUCACUAAGUCGAUCUAUUUUCUGA